AUGGGGUCUGCGGUUGGUGGCAUCUGGCAAAAAAGCAGAAUAGAAAGGGCUAUGAGCCGGCCCAGAAUCGAGCCUGCAGAUGGAAGCAGUUGCAGUGUUGAGGGGCAGAAAUGUCCUGCUGCCUUAGGCCAGCCUGGACAAACUCCCCCUCCUUGCUCUCCUGCCCCACAACAGUGCCCUCUGUCAACUGCUAACCAGACUGCCCCAUUCCCUUCCCCCUCUGAUGCCUCGGCCCUUUUGAUUCCUUUUACCCAGUCAUCCUCUGGAACAGCCCUACCUUACAGGAACUGCCCUGAAGGCCCCAACCUUCUACCAAACCUAAUAGGGCCUCCCAUCUCCCCAGCUGCAUGGCUCGCUCUCCAUGUGAUAGCUCCAACUCUGAAAGGGACGCCUUCCUCUUCAGCUCCCUUAGCUCUGGUUGCCCCUGAGGCUCCCCACUCAGUUCAGAAGAGUUCUGCUUCACCUAACCUUCCUUCUUCACCUCCUUCAGUGGCUGUAGCUGAGUCAGGGUCAGUGAUAUCACUGUCAGCUCCCAUUGCUCCCUCAGAACCAAAGACUAAUCUUAUUAAAGUUCCUCUAGUAGUCCCUAAUCCAAAAGGCGCCCCCAGUCCUCCUAUAGUCAGUACCGUUCCUUACCACUGUGUGACUCUGGCCUCUGUUCAAUCUGGAAUGGCCUCCCUUCCUCAGACAACACCCACAACUACCCUAGCUAUCACUUCCCCUCAAGUCAAUGCCACCAUUUCCUCAGCUCUGACUUCUCCACAAAACCCAGGAAGCCUCAGCCUAAAGGGGCCUGUUAGUCCAUCUGCUGCCUUACCUCUUUCAACUCAGUCUCUUCCUGUGGUGACCACUUCUCAAAAGACUGUGGGUCCCAACACCCCCAGAUUUCCCAUUUAUCUGGGCUCUCCUGCACCUUUAUAUCAAAGUUCUUUUGGUUCUGUCAACCUUUAGGUCAAACAAGUCCCAGUGCUUUGAAAGGCAGACCCUACAGUGAAGACCAUUUCUAUAGAUCAUUCUUCCACAGGGGACUCUUAUCCUUCGAGAUCUGUAAUUCCUCCCCUUCCUUCCAGAAAUGAGAGUGGUUCUGCUACUGUGGCUGCCACUUUCAGUGGUGGCUCCAUUGUUGACAAAGUCCCUCUACCAUCUUCUUUAACCUACAGCCCUUCUGGCUCCUUAAAUGUAACUACCUCCUCUUCAUUAUCUCCUCUGACCUCUCUCAUUCUCAGCUCUCCUAAAGCCACUCAUCAUUAUCCUUUAGUGUAGCCCAAAUGCCUGUUCUUCUGUGAGACCACCCCUUGUGACCCCUAUGCAAUUGAUGCAGCUAACUUUGAGGUAGCUACUUGUAUUUCUCUCCAAUUUCAUCAGGUCCAUAAGUAAUAUAGAACCAACCCUGCUGCCUUGGUUAUGGCACCUGUGGCUCCCAAAGAGCCUUCUACUCAAGUAGCAACCACUCUGAGGACACCAGUCUCUCCUCCUCUGCCAGACCCUGAAAACCUCAAAAAUCUUGAUUCAGUAUUGGUUAAAUUCCAACACAAAGACCUCCAAACUGUACCUGCCUCUCGUGUAGGAGCUCAACUCUCCAGCCCAAGCAGAACUCACCACAAGAAAGACCCUACUGUGUUACCAUUAGCCCAGACAGUUAUUAAAAAUUCCCCUUCUUUCCAAAAGCCUUCUACCUCUUCUCAGAGAUAUCUUUCUCCUGAAACCACCAUAGCAAAGAAAAGCCUUGGAGGCCCUCUCCCAACAGUGACUGCAUUUCCUUUGCAAAGUGCUGACCCUGCUGGGAGUGACUCCCCACAACUGCCACAACCAGCUGCCUCUGAGAAGGUCCUUCCUAAACCUGAAUCAGCAUCUGUCUCUCCACCACCCACCCCACCAGUCUCUCUGCCUCUUGCUCCCUCCCCAGUUCCCACUCUGCCUCCUAAACAGCAAUUUUUGCCGUCCUCUCCUGGGCUGGUGUUGGAAUCACCCUCUAAACCCAGCCCCGCCCCUGCUGGUGAGGAUGAGCUGCCGCCUCUGAUACCCCCGGAACCAAUCUCUGGGAGUGCAACUCCAGUCAGUCUCGUCAACAUGCCCACCCCCAAAGCUGCUGGAAUCCCUGUCCCAACCCCCUCUGCCAAGCAGCCUGUUAUGAAGAACAACAAGGGUCUGGAACAGAAGUCUGACAGUGAAUCAGUACCAGAGCUUGAAGAACAGGAUUCGCAGGCAACCACACAACAAGCCCGGGUGGCAGCUUCAAUUGAUGAAGAACCAGUCAGUAAACAAAACGGAAGUCGGUGCUGAAAGAAGGCACGGAAGGCUAUGUCCACAGGUCUUCGACAGGUUACAGGAGUUACUAGAGUCACUAUCAGAAAAUCUAGAAUAUCCUCUUUGUCAUCACAAAACCAAGAUGUCUACAAAGAGCCUGCUUCAGAUACUUACAUAGUUUUUGGGAAGCCAAGGUGAGUAAACUUUUCUUGGCAAGCUUCAACUAGCAGCUGCUGAAAUUCAGAAGUUCAAGGUGAAGCUGUCUCAAACAUUCAAGAAAACACACAGACUCCAACCGUACAAGAGGAGAGUGAAGAGGAACAAUUCGAUGAAACGGGUGUAGAAGUUAAGGACAUAGAAUUGGUCAUGUGCAAGCAGAGUAGCCAAAGAGCAAAGGGUCGAGCCCUGAAGAACAACAGUAAUGAUUGUAAAUGCGAUUGGAAAAAAGAAAGCCGCGCCGGACCCCGAAAACAAGGACUGCGCACGCGCAGCGGUAAAGGCCCGGGCAUUUUGCUGCGUCACCAGCCGCCGCCCGGCCUCACCACCCCUCGUUUGCACGCACGCACGUUCAUUCUCCGUCCUCGCGCCCGUUUUCCUACACUUUCCUCUUCUCCCCGACCGGAGGAGCCGCUCUUUCCGCGCGGUGCAUUCUGGGGACCGAGGUCGAGCCCGCCGCUGCCGCCGUCGCCUGAGGGAAGCGAGAAGAGGCCGCGACCGGGGAGAAAACGCGGAGUCGCCACUGGAGAGAAGUCGACUCCCUAG